UGACAGCGCCGAAGGAGUAAUAGCGAUGGCCAUAAGACGACUUGUUCAUGCCCCAUUACCUCCAAGUAAAUUCCUUGAAGACAGUGUACUGACCACACCGAGCUACAGCAAAAUUAACCGAGUGAAUUAUGGUAUACAAGAACCUGCUAACAUUCCAGCCGUCUUAACGUUUUCAACAACUGCUAGGCCAAUAAUGAGGACGCCACUGGAAUCGAGUAUUUAUUACAGAGAACCCCAACCUUUUUCACUAACACCCAGCACACCGAGGUAUAUAGCUCAGCGUCCAGUUUACGAUUAUGAUUAUCCAGAUAUACAUCCAAUUCGUUUUGAACAUUCUCAACCACAAUACAAAGGGUUGAAAAAUGGAGUACUUGUCCAUUCAACUGGUGCUCUGGAAUGUCUCGACCAGGGGACGUUUCCUCAUCCAGCCAGUUGCAGGAGAUUUGUGGUCUGCUCCAGGAUGCAAAGAGGUCCUUUGGUCGGUUGGCAAUACACAUGUCCUAAAGGAUUAAGCUACGAUCCAGUUGGAGGAAUUUGUAAUUGGGCUGCAGGAUUAGGUUGUAAGGAUUAAUCUACAGAGAAAAUGAGAGUGAAUGGUGAAUGUUUUUUUACUUAUGUGAGCAGAAUGAAUUUGAAAACAAAUCUAUUAGAUAAAAUUCACACACGUAUCGAACCAUUGCCACUGAACAAUUAUUUUGAAAAUGUGAUUGAAUGUUGUAUUUUAUAUCUGUUCAACAUUUACGAGUGCGUACUUAUUUUUAUUUUUAAUCUGAAUCUGAUUAUAAUUUUUU